AUGGAAGCUUCCGAAGAAUCGCUCCUCUUUGCAGACGUUCCUCGCCAAACCGCUAGUCGGUUUAUAAUCUAUGAUUACAGUCCGCGUUACUACAAACUUCGACCAUAUCGAGGGGUUCUCCAAGAAAGCCACCUACCAACAAGUAUCUCGGACGAAGAUGAAGAUAAUUCUGAAUACGAAGAUAAUUCUGAAGACGGUCUGAUAGAUAAUAUACACUAUGCAAUCGAAUGUGACAAUUUAGAUGCCGUGCAAAAGCAUCUCGACGAUCCUGCAGCCCUUGAGUCUGUGAUUUCUUACCGCCUGAGACCCAGCGAGGUUCCUCAGAAAGACGUCACUCCCUUGAUGCUCGCAGCAGAAUUAGGCGGCAGAGCAAAUGUUGAGCUACUCCUGAACAGAGGAGCCAAUGUAUUUGCAACAACAAAUACCAACACAACCGCCCUGCACUUGGCUGCCGAAGAGGGUUACGAAAACAUAGUCGAAAUACUUCUUGGCCGAGGCGGGACAAAACUUCUGGAAAUGGCCACCAUUCACGGACGAACGCCUCUCCUUGCCGCAGCAUACAAGGGCCAUGCUUCUGUUGUCAAACUUUUACUUGAUAAGGGGGCUGAUAUAGAUGCCAUGGAACGGGUACCAGAUUACUUUCCGGGAGGGUGGAAACUCGAAUUAUCCGCUUUCUCCCUCGCGGCUCAACAGGGCCACGUUUCUGUGCUCGAUAUUCUACUCUCUCGGAUACCAGAAACCAAGUUCGAGGACGAUUACGGCAGUCAAGCAUUACAUUAUGCGGCUGGAUACGGGCAUCUUGUUGUGGUCAAACGACUUCUAAAGGAUCAUUUUAGACUCCUAAAUUCACAAGGGAUUCGUGGCGAAACAGCCGUUUCUCUCGCUAUGAGGAAUGGUAACCUGGAUGUCUUUCUCUACCUGCUUGACAAAGGGGCAGAUAUAUCCGGCAAGGGAGACACUGGUGGUACAUUUCUCUACCAGACUGUCAGGCACGCUCAUCUCCAGGCCGUUAACCUAAUCUUGACAAAGGAACCUAAUCUCCUGGAUGUGCAAAUUAAGAUUGGCCAAACAGCUAUCUUUGCCGCCUUGGAGAAUGAUCAGUUGGAGAUCUUCGAUUAUCUUUUUGAUAAAGGGGCAGAUAUAACCAUCAAGGAUUGGUCUGGGAAUACACCUCUCCACUAUGCUGCCCAACACGGUCAUCUCCAGGCAGUUGACCGAAUCUUGGAAAAAGAAGAUGGUCUGCUAGAUUUGCAGAAUCACGACGGCAAAACAGCUAUCUCCCUCGCUUUGUCUGGAAAUACGUCUUUACAUUACGCUGCCAAAGCGGGCCAUCUCCAGGCUCUUGGUCGAAUCUUGGCAAGGGAACCUAGUCUGCUGAAUUCGAAGGGUGAAGCUGGUCAAACGGGUCUGCUCUGCGCUUUGCGGCACUGCCGGAUGGAUGUUGCCAGGUAUUUGAUUGAAGAAGGUGUGGAUAUUACCUUAGCACCGGAUGAUGGGCAAACUGCAUUGGAGGUGGCCUGCGCAUGGGCGUUCUAUGAGAUCACAUCCAGUUUCCAAGGACGCACUAUUAUUGUCAAGGGUUCUAUUUAUUCCUGGACAGAGCGCCUCGACGAUGGGGACAGUCUGUAUGAUGCGGUCUUGGCCACUACUGCAAUCGAAGCCUGCGUUCCGAUUGUGUUUCAACUGUUGGAAGCGGAAAUUUAUUUCCCGCGGUUUCCCGCCAGGGCUGAGCCACAUUUCUCCGGAAUACACGAAUUUAUGUCGGUUGAACGUUUCCUUUUGCAGAUAUAUGACGGAGAGAUCGACGAUAUCGAUAUGAAGUCUAACGUUUCGAUCAAUAAGCACGGAGAUGCAAUCCUAUAUUGGGCUAUCCUGAAUGGACAAGAGGAGCUGGUCAGCAAAUGCAUGAGCGAAAUACAGAUCUUGCAGGCUCCCUGA